AUGUCGUCACCAACAGACGCAAAAGUGGCAUUGGUCACAGGUGGAGGAUCCGGGAUGGGCAAAGCCGUCGUCGAAUACCUCGCCUCCGAAGGCUGGAAAGUCUCAAUCGCAGACAUCAACGAGAAGUCCGGCGCUGCAGUCGCAAAGGCCACCAGCGGGAUUUUCAACAAAACCGAUGUCUCAAACUACGAUGGCAUGCUCAAAGCAUUCUCAAGCACGUUCGAGAAAUGGAACCGCCUGGACUUCGUGUUUGCGAAUGCUGGGAUUCUAGAUCCUACCAACUUCUACGCUGAAUCCACCCUUCCCCCACCGAAACCCAGCUACAAGGCCACCGAAGUUAACUUGAACGGCGCGAUUUACUCGGUGUAUCUUUCGAUGCAUUACACGCGCAAGAACCCUGUCCCGGGCGGUUUCGUCCUCGUGACUGGCUCAGCCGCGGGAAUCUACGCCAACGCCGCGAUGCCCACCUACGGCGCCGCCAAACACGGCGUUGUCGGCCUCGUGCGCGGCGCUGGACGGCGACUCGCAAGAGAGAACAUCAGGGUCAGCACGAUCCUGCCGGGUCCCGUGAAUACUAACAUCACGGAGUCGACGGCUGUGGAGAUUGUGCCUGGGGGCGUAAAUCCGUUUGGGGAUGAUGUGUGGACGACGACGCGGAAUAUUAUCGAUGCCGCAAUGCAGCUGUAUAAUGAUCCGGAGGCCGGUGGAAAGGUUCUAGAGGUUAGCAAGGGGAACUUUUAUGAGAGGGAGCAGCCGGAUUGGGGGGAUGAGUUGAUGAAGAAAGUUUUGAUGGGGACGGUGUAUUAGAUUGCCGUAUCAGGAAGCUGGGUUGGUGAAGGUGAUCUGAGAGAAGAGUAGCUGCCACGGGAGCGUAGCGUUGUAUGCCAGUUCGCGAGCUAAAUUUAAUUGUAUUGUGCUUCUUAUUGAUCUAGAGGAAGGAAAGGAGUUGUAGCAGCUGUAGAGCUCCUAACUUUCCUGCGUUAGAGACGUACCUGACAGUAGCAAGCGGGGU